AUGCAUUCACACCUACCUUACUUUGGUGGAUUAUAUUUGGUUGAUCAUCUUGCAGAACAACGCGCUGCACAAUUUACCUCUGCAUUGAAAGCUCUAUUCGUCACAUACAACAAUGUUGACAACCCAACCGCCAACUGGAGUGUCCUAUGGGUAACUGCGGUAACCGGAUGGAAGACAAAGACGACAUCAGAUGGAAAUGGAGGAUCAACCAGCAGAACCAAACCCAAAUUUGCCGAAUAUGUCAUGAUAGUGCUUGAUAUCAACGACGCUCUCUCUGACCUUACAUCUAAUACCGUUAAUGUGAAAUUCACUAGCACAUUCCCCAACAAUGUGAAUGGAGCCAUUACAAUGGCAAAUAAUAUUAAUGAAAAACAUCAUCAACAAUUUGCUGGAAAUAGUAUAAAUAUGAUGGUAUAA